AUGCCAGUUCCUCGUUCAGCGAAAGAUGUUUCAUCAAACGACAUAGAAUGUGAUAAUUUGUUUUCGAAAGAGGAUCCAGAAAAAUUAUUUGUUGAUUUGCGCGAAAUUGGUCAUGGAAAUUUUGGAGCUGUUUAUUAUGCUCGAAACUCACAAACAAAUGAAGUUGUUGCGAUUAAAAAGAUGUCUACCGGACGAAAACAAACUGUUGAAACUUGGCAAGAUAUUCUAAAAGAAAUUCGUUUUCUACGUGAACUUAACCAUCGCCAUUGUAUAUCUUAUUCUGGAUGCUAUUUAAAAGAAUACAUAACAUGGCUUGCAAUGGAAUAUUGUCUUGGUUCAACAGCAGAUCUUAUUGAAGUUCAUAAAAAACCCUUAACUGAAGGUGAAAUAGCUACAAUUGUAUGUGAUACACUAUGCGCACUUGAUUAUCUUCAUUCUAUGCAUCGAAUACAUCGUGAUAUAAAAGCAGGCAAUAUUUUACUAACUGAAGAUGCUAUCGUGAAAUUGGCUGAUUUCGGAUCUGCAUCAUUUACAAGCCCAGCAAAUAGUUUUGUCGGUACACCUUAUUGGAUAGCACCUGAAGUCAUAUUAGCUAUGGAAAAUGGUCAAUACGAUGGAAAAGUUGAUAUAUGGUCACUUGGAAUAACUUGUAUUGAACUUGCUGAACGAAAACCACCCUUAUUCAAUAUGAAUCCAAUGUCAGCACUUUAUCAUAUAGCACAAAAUGAACCACCAACAUUAACAAUGAAAAAUGAUAAUGACCCAUCGGCUCCGUCUUAUACAAAUGAUUUUGUUUCAUUUAUAGCCUUGUGUUUACAAAAAAAUCCAAGUAAUCGACCAACAGCUAAUGAGCUUUGUGAGACACCAUUCAUUAAGAUUAAUAGUAAUCGAGAAAUAUUAGUUGAUCUAAUUCGACGCACCAAAGAAGCUGUGAAAGAAUUUGAUAACAUACGUUAUCGUCGAAUGAAAAAGGUUUUAAUGAGUAAUGAAGAACAGAAUACUUCUAAUACACAAAUCAGUCAAACGAAUGAUUUCAUUAAUAUUGACAUCGAUAGUUCCAGUAAUACUCAAAAUGAUAUUUUUGAUGAUCCAAAUCUAGAUGACGAUGAUGAUACACAAAGUGUAGAUUUUGCAUCUAGAACUAAUGGCAUACAACUAGACGAUGAUGAAAGUUUAAAUUCAAGUCGUUCGAGCCUUCAACAGGCACCCUCAGCGGUAUUUAAAGGAGUUGUUUUAACGAAACAAUUAUCGACAACAUCUCAACCAAUUAAUAAUCCCAUUUACACUGGAGUAACGGCAAAUAUUAAUAAUUCUAAUCGACGUUUUUCAACGAUUGAUACAAGUUCCGCUUCCAAUCUUAAUCAAUUAUCAUCAUCGCUAAGCAAUAAAAACGAGCCAACUGUACAGUUUCGAAAUAAUCCUAAAAUGGUUGCUGUCUCUUCGACACGUCAGAAUCAUCAGUCUGUCAAUGAAUUUUCUACAAUAAAAACUUCACGCAUUGUUAUACGUGAACAACGUGAACAUAAUCAAGACGAUCAACAAUUUGAACAAUUUCGUGGUUACAAACAAAUGAGACAUCAACAUCAGAAACAACUUAAACAGUUUGAAGAGCGUUGUCGUAAUGAAAAAGUAGAAUUACGUUCAAAACUUGAACGUGAAUAUAAUAUAUUUCAAGAACAAGUGAAUUUUGAUAACAAUCGUUUAUUAGAAAAACACCGUAAAGAAUUAGGCGAUAGAGUUAAAUACAAUCAAAAUCAUAUGAAAAACUUAGAACGCCAACAGGAUGAUGAUGCAGAAAAUGAACUUAAACGGUUUCAUAAUGAACAGGCAAAACAGUAUAAAAUAAAAAAAGAAGAAUUCAAAAAACAAAUAUCGAAUGCAUCGAUGCUGUCGAAAAGUGAAAAAGAAGAAGAAAUUCGUCGAUUAAAAGAUAAUUUACAAUUCAAAUUUCGUAAUGAUGAAGAAAAAUUGAAAGGUCAAUUGGUUCAGACUUCCGCCAUUAAAAGAUUAAAAGCUAAACGACAAAAAUUACUAUUACUACACACUUUAGAGAAAACGUUAUUUGAAGACAAAUGUACAAGAAGUUUAGAUACCAUUGUACAACGACAUGGAUUACUUCAAAAACAUCAUGAGCAAACUAAAGAAGUUGAAGUUCGACAACUGGCAAAUUUACACAAAAUGCGAAAUGAUUUUUCUCAUAAACAACAUCAAACGGAAAUAAUGAAUUUUAAUGAAUAUAGUAAUCGUCGGCAAAAAGAAUUAACUAAACGACAUGCAUUAAGUCAAAAGCAAUUUCCAAAAAAUAUUAAAAUAAAACAAACUGAAAUAAAACGUCAAUAUAAAGACGCAUAUAAUACUCAAUCUCAUCAAUAUAAAGCAUUAAAAGAAAAAAUACGGCAAGAUUACAUGCAUGCAACAUCAAGUAAUACGCGUGAAGAACUUGAUUCCAAAUUAAAAAGUUUAAAAGAUGAGCAACGAAGAAAAUUUGAUACGCUUUACAUACGCUUUGAAGAAGCAGUACAAAAAAUGCUCGAUCAACAAAAUAUUAAACUCAAUUCAGAUCAAGAACGUGAACGUAAUUCAUUAAAUGCAGCCCUGGAAGAAGAUCAUCGUAAUUUAAUUAGUUUACAAGAAGAGAGUUACCGCCGAAUGGAACAACAACAUACAGAUGAAAAAAACCAGUUAGAGAAAAAUAUUGACGAACGCUUAAGAAAACUUAAUCAACAGAUGAAAAAUGAAUUAGCUGAAUACAAUGAAGAUCGUAAUCGACAAAUAUCUAUACUUUUGGAAAAACAACGCUGCGAACUAUUGGAAAUCGACAAUGAAGUAACAAAACUAGGUAUUACUGUUGCAGAUGUUACUGAAACAAUGCAAGAUGUUCAUUUUUUUACUGCUGCUGCUGCUGCUCAUUUAUCUCCACAUGAGAAACAAAUUUUAUCACGAAAUUCCCAUUAUAAUAAUAAUCGUGCCUCAGUGAUCAGUUUACAACAUUCACAUAGUUCAAGUUCCUGUAUUUCCAAUACAACGAAUGCUAAUGGAACAACAACACAUAAAUAUUUUCUGUUUUUUGCAUUUCACGAUCUAUAUACAAUGAGUAAUAAUAGUUCAAGUCAAGGAACAGUGGUAAUCGAGCUAUCGACAACAACAGCUGCGCCUAUUCAUGAAGUGAUAGAAGUACCUGCGACAAUACAAGCCACUCCACUUGAUGAACCACCACCAGCAUAUGAAAUUAAUCCGGCAUCCAUCAACCCUCGAAGUGGUACUGAACCUGAAAAUGUUGCUGCAGUAGCUGGCGUCAUUGAACCACCACCACCCUAUUGUCUUGUAGAUCCGAGUAAAAUUCGAAAUACAGAUCAUCUACCACAUUAUCCACAUAUAUCACCUGCAGAAAUCAUAGAUCUUACGUCGAACAGUAAUCUUGGUCAUGAGCAGUCGUCUCGUCAUCAGAACCAAGCGGCCGUUGCUGCUUGGCUUUCAUCCGGCUCAAAUAUGGAUAUAGGUACUGAUUGUACAUUUUUAAUGGCUUUUGUCAUUGCUUUCUUUUUCAAUUGGCUCGGAUUUCUCGCUGUUGUUUGUCUGAUACCAACAAUAGCUGCACGUUUUGGUGCCAUGUCAGGCUUUGGUUUAAGUGUUGCUAAAUGGAUUACAGUGAUGCGUUAUCAUGAAUUGAGUAAUAAUUCAUACGGUGCAUCAAAUAAUAAUCUGUCACCAACAUUCCAUCGAACAGCAGUUCAUGAUCCAGCACAAAAUUUUGUUUUUGCCAUUGUUUUAUUUGCCGGGUUUUUUCUUUUUGUUCGUGGUUUAAUAUCUUAUAUAGCAGUUAAAAACCGUGCCAAUCAACAUGGACAAACUGCUGAUGUUUUUACUUGGUACUAA